GAAUUGCUUGGCGUGUAACUAACGAAGGCUCGCUCUACCAUUGUAAACUGAGGCAUUCUACCCGGAUAUGUUAAAGUGUAACACAGCAACAAAAAAAUUUGGGGAUAGUUUGUUGGAGAACGUCAAGCAUUUAACGGUGUGAAAACCGAAGAGAAGUUCAUAGAAGGAUGUCGGAGUUUAGCGACGAGAUGAGUGAAUCGGAACAGCUUGGUGCCAGCCUCUCCCUUUGGCUGGGUGACACACUGAUACGACCGGAGGAAUUAGAUGUACCCCUAGAUCUACACACCGCUUGCUCCAUUGGCCAGUAUGACGUGGUGUCGAAGUGCAUCAAAAAAGGGGAAGUAAAUUUGGAUAACAAGAACUUUGGUGGGUGGACCCCGUUGAUGUAUGCUGCAUAUAUUGGCCAUGACAACAUUGCCAAUCUCCUCCUGGAGGCUGGAGUAAGUGUCAACGCCACCACAGGCAAGGGGCUCACGUCCCUGAUGCUGGCUGCAAGCUGUGGAAACGAAAGCAUUGCAUACUUUCUGCUGCAGCAAGGUGCUGACCUGGAGCUGAAGGACUCCAGGGGCUGGACUGCCCUUCUGCACUGCACCAGCACUGGCCACCAGCAGAUGGUCAAGUUCCUGCUGGAUAACCAUGCCAACAUCAAUGUGAGAGAACCAGGCUCGGGCUUCACUCCACUGAUGGAGGCAGCUGCCUCGGGACACGAAAUCAUCGUUCAGUACCUUCUGGACCACGGGGUUAAAGUAGACGAGCGUAACUCGAAGGGGGAGACGGCGCGGGCCCUGGCCAUGAUGUACGGACACGCCAAGAUAGCGAGCCUCAUUGACAUGCGCUCUCCCAAGGCCAAACCAGGACACUUCGAGGAUCUGAGUUCUUCUGAGGAUUCGGACGGCCCUGUCCCCAGAGCGCGUCAGAGUCGCGGCCGAGCUAAAGGACCCAGCAUCCACGACGGGCCUCAGGCCAUCGCCAAGUUCAGAGUCGGGGGCACCAGCAAGCACUGUGAUCCGCCUGUGGCACCCCCAGGAUAUAUGACCUUCGGUGGCGAGCAGAGCGAGGGCCUCUGUUACCGUGACGUCACCUCGCCCAUCAACGAGCUGGACGGACAGAGCAACAGCAGCAAAGACGAGAGCCCGUUCUUCGAGAACAACAUGCCCACCAUGAGGAGCAGCAGUAGCAGCGAGGGUCUCCCUCACGCGAUAGGCCUCAGCCGCGAAGGUUCGCUGGAGAGUAACGAGGACUCGGACCAGGCCAAGCAGAGCUGCCCUCGCAGGCCCAACAAGGCUCUUCACUCCAAAGGCAGGGGUCGCCAUGGCAACAGCGAUACCGUGCAGCCUAGUGGUGCAGGGAACUGUGGGAUUCCCUCGUCCGUCGAUCCUCCCUCCUCUUACACGGGUCCCAAGGACCUGGCUGAGUUCCUGGAGCAGAUCGGCUACUCCAAGUACCUCCCUCUGCUGGAGGAACAGGAUAUCGACUUGAGGAUAUUUCUCACUCUGACGGAGAACGACCUCAAGGAAGUGGGAAUCACGCUGUUUGGGCCCAAGCGGAAGAUGACCUCGGCGAUCGCCCGUUGGCACAGCAACGCCCGUCCACCCAGCGAUACUCUGGAGCAGGCUUACUCUGACCAGCUGGAGGCAGAGAUGCAGGAAAUGGCUAUUCAGCUACACAAGAGGUGUGAGGAGACGGAGAGCCUGCAGGCCCAGGUGUCUCAGGAGAAGGAGCUGCGCACCGUGAUGGAGGGGUGCCUGAUGGAGGACAAGAUGGCGUGGAGGAGGGUGCAAGCAGAGCUGGUGGAGGACCACAGGCUGGCUCAGGACAUGAGCGCCACGCUGGACAAGGCACGCGGCUGUCGGGCCGAGCUGCUGUCCCGCGUCUGUGCCGACGGAAACGGCGGGCAUCUUCUGGGCUCGGACCAGCUGACAGGAGACUCUGGAGGUAGCGGUGGUGACAGCUUGAAGACCACCAGCGUACCUGAGCUGGUGAAAAAGCUGGAUUCCUACGAAGAAGGAUUGGGAAACACCCUCCAGACCGUGCUCCAGAGCCUGAGGCGUCUGAGCGUCCCAGAGAAGCUCACAGACAGCUGGGAACAGCCCUAGACCACACUGGGGCUGGUGACACUGCGGACGGAGGGUGAGCGUGCCACCCUGAACACACUCAACGGGACGGCGUCACGGACACCAGGCCAGCCCUGCCCGAGAGAGAGGAGAGAGAGAGUCUGAGCACCAGUCCAGACAGACUCCACUCUGGAAACACAGCCAGAGAGGCAGGGGCUGGUACGGGCUGUCCAGACAGGGCAGGAAGCCACGGUCUACUUCAGCAGGGACUCGACAAGCAGACAGGAAGGGACUCUGUCCCCUCCCACGCCUGUGCUUUUUGGAUUGAUUCACUUCCUGUGUGGAAGUGAUCCACUUCCUGUGUGGAAGUGAAUCUUUUGAGAGGGAGCUGGGUGACCAGCAAGUCCCGACGUGUGAGCUCGUCAGACAGUAUUGCUGUGAAAUGCACUGACUGCCUCAGUUGCAGUCAUCCUGUGUGAGAUUGGAGGUAGCAAGUUAUCAAUAACAGAAUGGUAUUUCACCCAAGACUUUUUAGAGAUUUUAAACUUAAACCAUGUCUAUAAUAAUAUCCAGUUGCUCAAAAUCAUUAUCGACUUAAACAUUUCAAAUGAAAUAAUGAUUGUGCCAUUGGGUCUGGCCUAGGGUUUAGUUGUAGUGUUGAAAUGGAACAUUUUCCUAAUGAAUGGAGAGCUGGGACAAAAGCAGAGGCAGUCCGCACCUUUUUAUGAACUAUGUAUCCUGUUUUAACCCUUGUGUUAUCUUCGGGUCAUUCUGACCCAUCAGUCAUUGUGACCCACCGUCGUAUUGCGACAACUUUACCGCAUACAAAAACAAAGUGAAGCAUUUUCUUUUAACCGUCGGGCUGUCUCAGACCCCCCACAUUGCGAAGGUUAAAAGAAAAUGCUAUUUAUUUGUUUUUGUAUUGGGUAAAAUUGGGUAAACACAACGAUGGUUCGUUGUGAACCUUUGGAUCAUGUGACCCGAAGGCAGCAUAAGGGUUAAGAUCAACUGUGUCAAAUGUAAUCUUUGUCCUAUCCCACAAGCUUCUAGCAAAUUUGUACUUGCACAUCUUGCAAUGAGGAACCUCACAGAGCUGUAUGUGAUUAUUAGAAAGUAGGUUAGCUGAAUAUGACCUUCACGUCAGAAAUUCAAAUAAUAAAACAUUUAUUAACU